AACCCUUGAGGUUACCGGAAGUUGUUUCAGCCAUGUUUGGUUGCUUUGUUGUAGGUUUCCUACAGAAUUACUAAGUGUGGAAAUGGAGCCGAGCUGGAGUACGUUUCUUUUUCAACAGGCCAAUGAAGCCCUCCACCACCAGCACCAGGUGGCCCAGAACAGCCUGCUGCCUCUUCUUAACGCAGGAGCUGAACAAAUUGACCAGAAGCCUAUCCUUCCCAUCCAAAUAGAUCAGAAACCCCCAUCCAGCGCUUUGGAUCUCCUCAAAGACAAUGUGGCCAGUGGAGGAGGCGCACGGCCACCGAUGCCUGUGAUAAAGAAGGAACACAAAGGUAAAACACCUUUCGUCUGUGGCUACUGCAACAAGGCUUUCCGCGACAGCUACCACCUGCGACGCCAUGAGUCCAGCCACACCGGUAUCAAGAUGGUGUCACGGCCAAAGAAGACUGCCCAGACAGCCCCCACCAUGGUUCCCAUGAUUUCUACCAUGCCACGAGACAACAACGGCAACCCUUCCUACAUUUCCACAGUAGCAGGCAUCCUCUCCACCGCAACCACCUCCGUUUCCUCAAGUAUCAUGACAUCAUCCGCAAUGGGCAGUAUACCGCAACAAAAUGUCACCAAGAAACCCGCCAAACCUGUCAAGAAAAACCACGGGUGCGAGAUGUGUGGCAAGGCCUUUCGUGAUGUCUACCAUCUGAAUCGCCACAAGCUCUCCCAUUCAGAUGAAAAGCCUUUUGAGUGCCCCAUCUGCCAGCAACGCUUUAAACGGAAGGACCGAAUGACCUACCAUGUUCGCUCUCAUGACGGAGGAGUCCACAAGCCCUAUGUGUGUUCCGUGUGUGGGAAAGGCUUUUCCAGGCCAGACCACUUGAGCUGUCAUGUGAAGCAUGUGCAUUCCUCAGAAAGGCCGUUCAAAUGUCAAGUAACGGCCUGUACCUCUGCUUUUGCCACCAAAGACAGACUCCGUUCCCACAUGAUCAGGCAUGAAGGCAAGGUCACCUGUAGCAUCUGUGGGAAGAUGCUCAGUGCGGCCUACAUCACCAGCCAUUUGAAGACUCAUGGACAGACCAACUUUAACUCCUGUAACAAAGAAGGUAACGAAGUCUGCAAUUCUGCCUCGGCUACACCUGUGACCAUUUCGGCCCCCAUCACCACGGCGAUGAACCGGGUCAACUCCAACAAUGCCGUCACCAUAGCCGCACAAAUGAACAUUAGCACCAACACGGUCAACAUCACAUCCCCAGUCAGCCUCCAGCACCCAGUCACCAUCACUGGGCCCAUCAACAUCGCCUCUGUCAACAUCCCCGCCACAGCACCCAUGAAUAUCGCCCACCCAGUCGCAAUAACGACCCCCAUGUCAAUGAAUAUAGCCGGUCCGCUCAACAUCGCCAUGAGGCCAGUGGAUAGCAUGCCUUUCCUGUCCCAAGUCUUGCCUUCUUCCCCACCCUGGUAAAGAGGAGAGAGAGCGUUGAACUGGCCAGAAAGAAAGGGAAAAUGAAGUGAAACAAGAGACUCCGGUCCUCAUUAUUUGCACCUCGAGCCCAGCUCUUUCUAUCCCUGAACUCUUUACUUCAUCAAACCUCGAAGUGAAUACUGUAUUUACACGAGCUGUGCGGCUGGUAGGAGCUCCCCCAAGUCACAGCUGCGUCCCAACUAAUGUUAAGUGACUGACAUGAGAUGCAGGACACUUGAGUAGAAAUCGAGUAGGACUUAAGUUGAAAUCAGGACAACCGUAAGACUUAGUGUAGUCAAUUAGAAUGAUGAAACUGUGAUUUGUAUCAUGACAAAUGAGAGGAGACGAUUCCUCAAGCACCCUUGAGGACUCCCUAGGAAAAACCCACAUGUGCUUUUGUAAACGGGAGACAAGAAAUAGACUGAAGCAAUAACUAUAAAUUGCUCUUUUUGACGUUUUACACGUUUUCUCCCAAAGCCUCUGGGUGUUACUUUGUAUGUUGUUUUUUUUUGUUUUGUUUUUUUUUAACUAUAGCCUGCUAAUCACUAUUUAAUGUUAUAGGAAAUGAGUCUAGUAAAAGGGACAGCAGCUUCCAUUUGCAUUGAAGAAUAUUUUUUCACAGUGCUAUAGCUUUUCUUUAUCUUCUCAGAUAGUAGGUAUGCUCUUGAGGUACAGUGACUAACUUGUACAGUUGACAUAGUAAUGUAUUUUCAUGUCAGCAUUUUAAUUUUUUGCUUUUGUCAUUCAAGUCGACACUGUCCUCUCGACUAUGAAAUAUUUGUACUUUGUUUUCUAUUUGUAUGGAAUCUCAAAGGUUUGUUAUUAUUUGCCUAUUGGUAGUGUUCAUUUUUUUUCCAUGAAGGCAGAAUGGAACGAGUCUUGCACUGAAAGCAUAUCCUACAUACAGGUGAACAGCAGUAUUAUCAAAGAUCAAAUUGGAGUCUCGAGUGUUUCGGUUAGCCAGCCUACACUUGAGGCCAUCUAGUGGCUGAACACGGAAAAGGCCUGGCCUUGUAGUGAAGCUUUUUCAGGCUGUUCAUGUCAUCAUCAUGGUGACUGAUUUGUUUUGUCUGACUCUUCUGUACACUGUUUUUUUUUUUUUUUUGAAUCAUUUAUCUGUGAUUGCCCCAAGACGAUACUAAGGACCCUUCACUCAGGAAACACACACAAAAGCCCAUUACUCACGAACUUGGCUCCUUUUUAAAUUGAGUAUAUCUACCAUGUAUCUUAAUGCUUGACUUCUCCAUCUUCCUUUUUAGAUUUCCUGAAUGAUUUGGCAUUGUGGUUUUAAGAGUUGACAAGACUUCCAUCAGGGACAAGAAGUCCAAGAAUUGAUUUUAAACGUAGCCGUCCAUUUAAAUAAUAAUUUACUGUACAAUGGCAUACAUACUAUACGUUUUUACAUUUCCUUUUAAGUCCAGUUCAGUGUCAGGCUGCUAACUGAUGUGGCUGAGAACUGGACAAGUUUGCUAAAAUGCAAGUUUGUAACCAUUAAAUAAUGGGACGAGAUUGACGUUGCAUGAUCCCAAACACUGUAGCUGUUGAACAGAGCUUUUUUUUUAAUGAAUGCCAUGUUAUCUCAACCGUGUUGCAGCUCUUUGAGUUGAUUCAGUUUAUACUGAACAAUGCAAUAUGCAUGUUUGUCAUUUUCCCAAUUUUUGUUUUAAACAAAAUAUUAGUGUAGCUUUUUUUUUUUUUUUUUUUUUUGUUCUUAUGCAUUUACGUAGAUACACUAUGAUAGCCUGUUUGCCAAAUUUGAUACGAUAAUAAUAAUGUGAUGAACUGAACAUUUCUCGUGGAAUUGAACAUCUCUUUAUUUUUAAGGAAAAAAAAUAUGAAUUGGAAAUUCCAGGACCCUUGUGAAAGCAGUUGAAUGUAUAUCUUUGUACAAAACUAUUUUAGUUCCAAGGAUAUGGUAGUUACAAUAGAUGUGAAAGAUAAAAUAACCUUUUUUAUAAAUCUUUUGUAUUAGAACAUUAACAAUGGUAAUUUUGUAUAUAUGAGAGGCUAGGCUUUCUGAUUAGCAGAAAGGUCAAACAUUCCUACAUUUUUUUAAAAUGUAUGUUUGUCAAAUUAUUACUUAAACAUGCGCAAUGUUAUGUGCCUUUUAUUUGGGUUGUCUAAAUAAAAGAAAACUAUCAAAUGUG